AUGGAGUACACGACUGCCGAGAUUGCCUCGCACACAAAGCCCGCCCUCAUCAACUAUGUCGCGGCCAUCUUUGCCGCAAUCGGCUCCUUUCUCUUUGGAUAUGACUCUGGCAUUGUCGGCAGUGUCAUCAGCGACGGCUACGUCCACUUUUGGAGCUACUUCAACCCGAGUGACAGUGUAAAGGGCGCCAUCGUGAGCGUGUUCGCUGGCGGUGCAUUCUUCGGAGCACUCGUCGCCGGUCAGACCGCCAACCGCUUUGGCCGCAAGCGUACCAUCCAACUCGGAUCGCUCAUCGCCAUCAUUGGCUGUACUAUCCAGACCGCUGCUGUCAACAGCGCCAUGCUCAUCGUUGGCCGCCUCAUCGCAGGUCUCUCCAUUGGAGUUUUGUCCAUGAUUGUGCCGCUGUACCAGGCCGAGCUUUCGCCACCUCACGCCCGCGGCCUGCUCUCGGGAUGGACGCAGCUCAUGAUUUCCGCAGGCUUCUUCACUGCCAACUGGGUCGGCUACGGCUGUGAGAAGAUCAACGGCCAGGCCCAGUUCCGCGUUCCUCUCGGCCUCCAGAUUGUCCCCGCCGUCCUACUUCUUGUGGGCAUGUUCGUUCUUCCUUACUCGCCACGCUGGCUUGCAUCGGUCGGGCGCACUGACGAGGCUCGCGAGACCCUCAUCCGCUUACAUGGAGGGCGUAAGAAUGCUCGUAUGGACGUGGUCGAGGCCGAGGUUCAGAAGAUGCUCGUCCAGAUCGAGUGGGAACGCGACAACGUCAGCACAAACUAUCUCGACCUCGUGCGCACCCGCCCCAAUCUUCACCGCACACUUUGUGGUGUUCUUGUCCAGGCCAUGUGUCAGUGGACUGGUGUCAACGUCAACAACUACUACUUCUCGACCAUCUACGGUAUGCUCGGCUUCAGCGGACGUCAGCAGCUCAUGAUCUCGGGCAUCUCGGGUGCUUGGGGCAUGCUUGUCACUUGGAUCUUCAUCACGUUCCUCGUCGACCGCAUUGGUCGUCGCAAGCCUCUGAUUAUCGGUUCGGCCCUCCUCGCCGUCUGCAUGGCUUUGCAGACUGGUACGAAUGCGUCGUUCUCCGAAGCCGCAUCGCGCGGUGAAAAGUACUCGAAUAAGAGCAUGGGCAUUGCUGGCAUUUGGGCCGUGUUCAUGUUCUCGUGGUGCUUCUCGUGGAGUUUUGGCCCCGUGUCCUGGAUCUACCAAUCUGAAAUCUUCCCCAUGCACAUGCGCGCACUUGGUGCUAGUGUGUCGACCGCGUCCAACUGGCUCAACAACGUCAUCAUCGCCCAGAUCACUCCCAUCGCAUUCAGCGCCAUCGGCUACAGGUACUUUAUUGUUUACGUCGCCACGUGCCUCAGCAACACGGUCAUCUGCUACUUGCUCUUCCCCGAGACUAAGAACAAGACGCUCGAGGAGAUCGGACUGCUCUUUGGCGACAAGGACGUGUCCAACCACCUCCCGCCGACCGAGUUGGAGAAGCAGGAGAGCAAGCACUCUGUCCAGCAUUCUGAAAACGCCUGA